AAAACCCUGCCUAAAAUUGCUUACCUUUGGGAUAUACAUAUAGCUACUUAAGUUCCUCAAUUACUUGAACAACAAUUUUCUUUAAGGAAAAAAAAAAAAAGAAAAAGAAAAAUGGGUUCAAUAACCCCACCGGAACUUUUAGUUGUAGACUUCACAAAAGGCCUAAAGCCAGGCUCGCCGGCUUGGUCGUCGGCAUGCAACGAUAUCCGGCGUGGCCUCGAAUACCACGGCUGUUUCAUAGCCAUUUAUGACAAAAUAUCGCCGGAACUUGACAAAUCUAUCUUUAAAGCAGCCGACGAAUUAUUUGAUCUUCCUCUUGAACUAAAAAUAAAAAAUGUCAACGAAAAACCUUACCAUGGCUAUGUUGGCCAAAUUUCCUUCGUCCCUCUUCAUGAAGGCUUAGGCAUUGAUUAUUCCACCACUGAGGAAGGAGUUGAUAGCUUCAUCAAUAUCAUGUGGCCACAAGGAAAUAAAUCUUUCAGAGAAACUUCAUUUGCAUUUGCAAAAACAGUGGCGAAGUUAGAUGAAAUGGUGAUAAGGAUGUUGUUCGAGAGCUAUGGUGCAGAGAAGCAUAGUGAAUCUCACAUAGAUUCAAGCACUUAUCUUCUUCGAUACCUAAAAUAUAGGGCUCCAGAAAUGAAUGAGACCAGCAUGGCUUUUCCAUCUCACACUGAUAAGAGUUUCUUGACCAUACUUUAUCAAAAUCAUGUUUCCGGACUGGAGAUCAAAACUAGGGAUGGUGUUUGGAUGAACGUUAAUUUCCCUCCUAAAUCCUUUGUCGUCAUGGCUGGGGAUGCUUGCCAGGUGUUGUUUUCAAUUUCAUUAAAUCACUAUAUAUAAUUUCAAAUCUUUUUUUUUUUUUUGUUUUUUUUGAGUACUGUUUAAACUCAUAACAAUAUGAUCUGUUUUGGAGUGUUUUAAUUAUUAGGCAUGGAGUAACAAUAGGGUGUUAUCACCAAACCACAAAGUCACAUUGAUCGAGGGCGGGAAGGAAACAAGAUACACCAUAGCGUUAUUCUCAUUUCUAAGCAAAAUGGUGGAAGUGCCUGAGGAAUUUGUGGAUGAUGAAAAUCCCCUGCAGUUCAAGCCAUUCGUUCACGUUGAUUUGCUCAAUUUCUAUGCAACUGAAGAGGGCCGGAAGUCACAAAACAUCCUCAAAGAUUUCUGUGGAGUCUAGCUAGAUUAUGUCUUGGUUUGUGCUGAUUAAAUAAAUUGGUUGUACUAUGUGAAUUUCGUCAAGGUGAUGAUAUGUGUAACAUAUAUAUGUGUGUUGAGUAAUAGUACGUUUCUAUGUUAGUAUAGAUGUCGGUUGUUGAUAUUAAUAUAGUCGAGUAAGGAAUUACCUUAUUACUAUCUCUGUUUUCUUUUAUCUAUCACGUUAAGAUGAAUUCAAUUUUAUUUUAUUUUUUUUACUUUGUUGUACAUCAUUUCAAUGUAACAUCAAAUAUAUUUUUUCAAUUUUACUCUUAUUCCUUUUUUACUUUUAA